UUCUUUUGAACUUUUUAAAUCAAUUUAUUAAAAUGUCUUUGAAUACAUCCAAUACACCAGAUGGUCGCGGUGUGAUAAUUUACAAUGGUGAAAUAAUCCUUUUGUUUGUUCGCGAAGUUAAUUUAAGUUUUGAUAAAUACACAGCACCGGAAUUUAAAGGAACUAAAAAGGGAAAUCUUUAUUUGACUUCACAUCGACCUAAUAGCAAUUUCAAAUCGCUCUCAAUGCCCUUUGUUUCUUUGCGUGACAUUAAACUUGAGCAGCCAAUAUUUGGGGCAAAUUAUCUACACGGUGAAUUGAUCGCACAGCCAGAUGGAAACUGGCAAGGAGAGGCGUCUUGGCGUUUAACUUUCAAGCGUGGAGGUUGUAUUGACUUUGGGCAGGCAUUAUUGAAGAGCGAAGAAAUGACACAAAAUUAUGCUCGUCGACCAUUUGAUGCGCCACCGCAAUAUGCGCCUCCUGCAGGUGAUUAUUACGCAGCGCCACCAACAUACUACUGGACAGGUGGAAAUUAUAAUGGGUAUCAAGCACCCACUCAUGUAUUUAAUGAACAGCCGCCAGCGGAGAGUGUCUAUAUGUGGGACUGCCCACCGCCGUAUCCAGGAAUGGGACAGGCUGUUCCCAAUCCACCACCGCAAAAUCAAACAGGCGGGAGCGUUGGUCCUUCAGCGCCACCAUAUCCAGCUGGAGGUCCACCACAAUAUCCUACAAGCGGCACUCAUGGAGGAGCACCAUAUCCAGCUGGCAAUUCACCUUAUCCGACUUUAGGUGGAACGCCAUAUCCAACUGGUAAUCCACCAUACCCAGCUGGCGGUCCACCGUCUUACAAUCAAGCAACUGCUUUGCCACAAAAAGUCCAUACAGAUUAA